ACCAUGAAACUCCUGAUCUUGGCUUUGUUCAUUGCCGGUGCCUACGGAUGUGGGCUGCCAACUUUUCCACCUGUGGUAAACAGGGUUGUUGGAGGCGAUGAUGUUAGAGCUAACAGCUGGCCCUGGCAGAUCUCUCUGCAGUACAAGAGUGGAAGCUACUUCUACCAUACCUGUGGCGGAACUCUUAUCUCAGACCAGUGGGUUCUUACUGCUGCUCACUGCAUUGGUAGCCGAACAUACAGAGUAUACCUGGGCAAGCACAGUCUGGAUUCUGACAAUGAGAAAGGCUCAAUUGCAAUGAGUGUUGAAAAGAUCGUUGUCCACCCACAGUGGGAUUCCUAUAAUAUCAGAAAUGACAUCGCCUUGAUCAAGCUUCAGACCCCUGUGCAACUUUCUGACACCAUUAUGCCUUCCUGUUUGCCUGAUGAAGGAAAUGUCCUGCCCGAUGGUGCCCCCUGCUAUGUCACUGGCUGGGGUCGUCUUUGGACUGGAGGUCCAAUUGCUGAUAUUCUGCAGCAGGCUCUGUUGCCUGUGGUUAGCCAUGCUACCUGCUCUAGGUUUGACUGGUGGGGAAACCUGGUUACUGAGAAAAUGGUGUGUGCUGGAGGAGAUGGUCAGCUGGCCAGCUGCAACGGUGACUCUGGUGGCCCAUUGAACUGCCAGAGACCUGAUGGUUCCUGGGAGGUUCAAGGUGUGGUGAGUUUUGGCUCCAGUCUUGGCUGCAACUACUACAAGAAGCCUUCUGUAUUUACUCGUGUCUCUUCCUACAUUUCCUGGAUCAACAAUGUGAUGACCACAAACUAAGGUGUACCUCAUAUAAAUGUUUAAUCAUUUAAAGAAGAUUAUGGACGGAGCACACCCACCACCCUAGGCUCUCAAAUUGUUGAUUUUAUCAAUAAAAAUAAUUAGUAUUUUCUUUAAUAAACUUAGAAAGCUAUUAUAAAAUGAAAUUUUGAAUAACAAUGAAUCCUAAAAUGUACCUCAUUAAAUGCAUCCAAAUAAAGACCUCAUUUUCGGACUUUUUUGUUUACUGUUGAUGCAUGCUCAAUAAUCCAGGUACACAAAUCCACAAAGUUGAAUCAGUUCAUCUGGACACAAGUUUGU